UUCUUUUUUUUCUAACGCAGAGUAUUCGAGCCUUCGAUCCGACUACUCCCUGCGGUCCUAAAGGAGAGGCCCAUUCCUCGCAAACACGAUCUCUCCGGAACUCGAACCGUGGUCGCCAUAUUCUAAAGAGGACCAACGAAACUACUCGAGUCACCCGGGUUGGGCAGUAUCAGAAGUUGAUUGGCUUAGGGAAAUUCCAUUUAAAGGAGUCCAGAAAAGUUGAAGGUUGCUUACCAAACAAACUUCGUCACUGCACAAUUUGAUUCAAGGCGGAACAAUGGGUAGUGACUAUGAUGAAGACGACUAUAUUAGCAACGAGAGUGAUGAAGACGAACAUGACAUAUAUGAGGACGAGGCUGUUGAUGAUGAAGAUGAUGGAGACGCCUACAUCGCUGAUGAUAUUGAUGAAGACAAAGAAUCCAUGGAUAGAAUUACGGAGAAGAAUUUUAUUGUGUUGGAGGCUGAAGACAUCCGAAAACUUCUACAGGAUGAAAUCGCGAAAGUUUCAUCCAUUCUCUUCGUUUCAAGAGAAGCAGCAACGAUUUUAUUGUGCAACUACAAUUGGGAUGUUGAUAAAAUCAGUGAAGAAUGGUUUGCCAAUGAAGAAAAGGUCCGAAAAGCUGCUGGAUUGUUGGAGAACUAUUCGGCUCGUGAUCUUUCAAAAAAAGAGUUCUUUUGUGGGAUUUGCUUGGAGAAUCAUGAUUGUUGUUAUGAUGCUGUUGGGAUUGCAUGUGGUCAUCUCUUUUGUAAGACCUGUUGGAAAACUUAUAUUAGCACAUCCAUCAAUGAUGGCCGCGGCUGCUUGAUGUUGAGAUGCCCUGAACCCAAGUGCAGAGCCACAGUUGGUGAAGAGCUGAUUUAUUCUUUGGCAUCUGAUGAAGACAAGGAGAAAUACAACAAUUAUCUUGUUAGAUCUUAUAUUGAAGAUAGGAAGAAGACUAAGUGGUGUCCUGCCCCUGGAUGUGAUUGCGCUGUUUAUUAUAUUGUUGGAAGUAGUAAUGGAAGAAACUUUGAUGUUACAUGCAAUUGUUCGUAUGGAUUUUGCUGGAAUUGUUUGGAGGUGGCUCAUAGUCCGGUGGAUUGUGGCACCACAGGGAAGUGGAUUGUAAAAAACAGUUCAGAAGCAGAGAAUACGAAUUGGAUCUUGACUUAUACGAAGCCAUGUCCAAAGUGCAAGAAACCAAUCGAGAAGAAUCAGGGUUGUAUGCACAUGACCUGUAAGUCCCCGUGCAACCAUCACUUCUGUUGGCUUUGUUUAGGUCCAUGGUCAGCCCAUGGCGAGAGAACAGGCGGGUAUUAUGCCUGCAAUGCCUAUGAGCGAGCAAAGCAAAGUGGAGAAUACGAUGAAGAUAAAAACAAGAGGGAGAUGGCCAAGAAUUCAUUGCGGAAAUAUGCACAUUAUUACGAGAGGUGGGCUGGUAAUGAAAAGUCGAGGAAAAAAGCAUUGAAGGAUUUGAAACUGAUGGAAACCAUCCAUCUUGAGAAGCUGAGUGAAAUCCAGGGCGAACCUGAGACUGAAUUGCAGUUCAUCAUCCGUGCCUGGGCACAAAUUGUGGAAUGCAGGAGGGUUUUAAAAUGGACCUAUGCCUACGGCUACUAUCUACCGGAGGAUCAGCACAAGAAAAAGCGGCUUUUUGAGUACAUCCAAGGGGAAGCUGAGGCUGCUUUGGAGAGACUUCAUCAAUGUGCGGAGACAGAACUGCAAAAGUAUUUCUGCGAAGGAGUACUUCAGGAGGAAUUCAAUGAUUUUCGCCAUAAGUUAGUGAAUCUAACUGGUUGGACUGGAUAUUAUUUUGAUAACUUGGUUAGAGCUAUAGGGAAUGAUCUGAUCUUAAAUUGUCAGGAUAGUUGAAGAGUAGCAAAGAUGCACCUCGUUGCUGUGAGUUUACUACUUUUUUGAGUUACUGAAUUUCUGUACAUUGGUAAAUUCAUUACAGGCAUGGGCAAUAUAUCUCCGGUAGUACUCAGCAGCUAGUUUCUUGAACUAGAAAAGCACACUGAUUUUCUUGUAGUUCAUCAAUAAGAAUGAAGUGGAUAUAACAGGUUGAUAUUGCCAA